AUGCGCCAGAUGUUCGUGAUGAGUAGUCAACGCAGUCGUUCGUACGAGUCGGAUGACCAUGAGAGGGGGGCGUGCGAAUGGUGCGAGUACGCCCUGGUCAUCACGCUUGCGACCAUCCUACUGAUUGGCGUGUCAGCCCUGACCGUCUUCUGGGUCUUCUACUACCGCGAGGGAUAUGCCUGGGCUGAUGAUCUGCCCGACAAGCAGUUCAACCUGCACCCUACGCUUAUGGUGGCUGGAUUUAUCACCUUCAGCGGUUUCUCUGUGCUCCUGUACCGCAUCUGCCGAUGCUUCAGACGCAUCUAUGUUAAGUUGCUGCACGCCAUCUUCCACGCGCUGGCGUUCCCUUGCAUCGUCAUCGGUUUCCUGGCUGUACUGGACUACCAUAACAAGAAGGGCAUCAACAACUUCUACUCGCUACACAGCUGGAUCGGCUUCGUCGCCAUGGGACUGUUUGGAAUACAGUACGCUGUCGGCUUCUUCAGCUUCCUGCUGUUGUUGAUCUGCAAUAAGGGAACUGCUGGCUUCCGUGCCUCCCUGGUGCCCAUCCACGCAGCCUUCGGAAUCCUCACCUUCGUACUUGGCGUCUGUGCUUGCCUCACUGGACUUACUGAGAAGGCUCUCUUCAGCAUCGGCGUGGAGAGGUACAGCGGGAUGGUCGACGAAGGAAUUAUCAUCAACGCCAUUGGAGUCGCCUGCAUCGCCAUUUUGGCAGUCGUCAUGUAUAUCUUGUCGAGGAACAAGUUCCGCACACCAGAGUCACGUGGACAACACAUAAGGGCCUCAGUAGACCUCUAGAUUCCUUCUCAUGUUUAACAAAACUCCGAUGUCAGAGCGAAUCGUUAAUUAGUCUAAGUAAUAAAUGCG